ACACAACAGAAAACUGCAGAAAAAGGGAAGAAUUAGCCUGGUCUUUAGGAGCCAGCUGCAUCCAGCUUUCCUCCAGGUCUUACAACUGCACCUUUGAAUCCCCUCACACUGCUCCCAGUGACCCAGGGAGUUGUAGAAGCAGAGGAAGAUCCUCCUAUGAACUGUUUGGGAGGCCUGGGAAAGGGGAUGCCUUGUUUGAGCAUCUGAUGGGAGGAUGUAGUGAAUUAUCCAUCAUUUAUGAACAAAUGAUCGAUCUGGAAGAGUGAAUCUGUGAAUGACACCGCGUGUGCGGCGAUGGGUCCCUGUCACCAAGGCCAUUGCUGCCAUCUGCUGAGAGAGAACGGCACAGAGUCGGCCAAGUGUCGAAAAAUCCUCCUUGUUGGCCAUUCGGAGAGAAAAUCCUGCAGAAGCGAUGCCAGCAAGCCCAGCUCCACCUGACCCGGUGAAAAACUCACAUCCCCCAUGUUAAUUUCAACUCCCCCGAGAAGAAAACGGAAAGAAAAGCAACGGAGCCCAACUGAAUUUCAUCUGACAAAAAUGGGUGAACCUCAGCAAGUGAGCGCCCUCCCUCCGCCUCCAAUGCAAUAUAUCAAAGAGUACACUGAUGAAAAUAUCCGUAAAGGGCUGGCUCCAAAGCCCCCUCCGCCUGUCAAGGACAGCUACAUGAUGUUUGGGAACCAGUUCCAGUGUGAUGAUCUGAUCAUUCGGCCCCUGGAGAGCCAGGGCAUCGAGCGGCUGCAUCCUAUGCAGUUUGACCACAAGAAGGAGCUAAGGAAACUUAACAUGUCUAUCCUGGUCAACUUCCUGGACCUCUUGGACAUCUUGAUAAGGAGUCCAGGGAGUAUAAAGCGAGAGGAGAAGCUGGAAGACUUGAAGCUGCUUUUUGUCCACGUGCAUCACCUGAUAAACGAGUACCGGCCCCACCAGGCCAGGGAGACGCUGAGGGUGAUGAUGGAGGUGCAGAAACGGCAGCGCCUGGAGACGGCCGAGCGCUUCCAGAAGCACCUGGAGAGAGUGGUGGAGAUGAUCCAGAACUGCCUGGCGUCCCUGCCCGAUGACCUGCCUCACACAGAGGGGGGGCUGAGGGUCAGCGUGGAGCCCACGGAUGCUGAUGAUGGCAGCAGCUGCGCUGGGCAGAGCGAAAAGCAGAGGGAGCGUUCUGGGGGCAAGAGAGAUCAGGUUUUGGACAAGGAUGCAGCAAUGUGCAGCAUUAUUGAUGAAAUGACAUGAAGCAAGCAGCUGGUUUUGUUACUGCACCGCAGUGAGAGACAGGAGGGGUUCUGAGGAUACACGUUGUGUUUUGUUUUGCUGUUGUACAAGCAGACAAAGCAUUUGUUGUGCACCUGUUGGAGGUUGUGAGUGACUGGGCAGAUGAAAAUGUUUAAAGGUUUGUGGUUUUUUUGGUAAAAAUGAAAAAGUCUAACUUUUGUUAAAUGUAUCAUGUGAGAUGGUAGGCACAGAUUAAAGUUGGUUUUUUGUGUUGUACUUUCAUUUGUCACUUGCUGCUUGUUUUGAGUAUGCCAUUCUGUAAUUCUGAGCCAAGAAGAAAUUCCUACAGAAAUGGUGUUUGUUUCUUGCACAAACAACACACAGGAACUUGGAAAACAGACAGACAGAAACUCAGAUUACAUCAAGGCAUUCCUUAUGGUCUGUGUCUGAGGUGAAAUCUAAAGCAAUGGGUUAACUGUUGUCCUGUAGCUCUCACAUCCUUUUAUUCUGUGACCCAAAUGGCUUUCCUGGGAUCCUGGCAGUGCCAGCCUGCCCUGCCUUUCCCAUUUUUGCAGAGCAGUUUCAGGAUCCUGCUGGUAAUUACCAGAAUUGUUCCUCUAGGAGCUCUCUGCAGUUUCCUCAGAAACCACAGGAACGGAGAGGAAGCCUUCUCUUACCAGCUGCUGCAUGCAAAUUCACCCUUCAUCCCUCUCU